ACACGAUGGCUAUUAUGCACAUCGACUUCUUAUGGUAUAUACAAUAUAUAUAAUGCACAGUUCAAUUGAUUUUUAUUAAAAAACGUGACGUUAAAUUAUAUAAACAGUUUGGUUUACUUAUGAAGUUCUUAAGGUAUUUCAAUCGUUGGAUAAAUUAUUACUUGUAUAAUAAUAACUUAAAUCCGAAAAGAAGUAUAAAAAAUAAUUGAGUUCAACGAUAAUCAAAUUGGAUUAAUUUUAUAAAGAAAAUCCAAACGAAAUUAAUUAUUUAAGAACAAUGUGGCUUGAAUACAUUUGGAUAACAUUAACUGCAAUAGUUGUAAUAACAAACAAUAGUGUAUCUCAUGCUCAGAGUCACAACGCUAGUGAGUCUAAAAUAACGCGUCAUCUAGGAAAUUAUGUAGUUCAGAAAGAUCACGACGAUACACUAAAUACAAAAAACAUCACACCAAUUAUAGAUAAUGAGAACACAAUUAAUACCCAAACAUUGUUUGGAGAUAUUAUUGCGAAUAGUAUGAAAAACUUUUUACCUUUUUCUAAUGCCAAUGACAAUUGUACUAAAGAUGGUCAACAUUACGUGAAUGAUUUAAAUAACCAAACACUAUGGGCUGUUAAAAUGUACACGUCUUCGUCUAAAUAUCCUGGAUCAAUUUUAUCCGGCGACGUCAACGAAUUGGGAUACUUUGACCAAUGCAUGCGCGUGUCAUCAAAACGUCUUGGGAUUAACGGAGCGUACGCCAUAGCCAACGUACGUUUCCACUUAGCUGCAGACGAAGGACCUCCCGAACCUCUCGACCAAUUCGACAUAAUCAAAGCGGAUCGGGAACGAUCGAAAAGGGACCCGUUGGAAGUGGGACCGAAAAACCUAUUAUGGGCGUUGUGUUUUCCAGACUCGUGUACCAACGAAGACAUAAGAUUAUCCGUCGAUCGCGCGUUGGCGCCGGCUUUCCAGGCGCACAAUAUCAGCGUGAAAGUCGCAGUUCCGCCGUUGAUGUACACCUCUAAGAACACGGCGUUGAAGUAUACCAAUGCAGUUUUGAUCGUCUAUGGAAUAUUUAUCGUGGGCUGUGCGUUGAUGAUCGCCGGGACGUUGUACGAUUUAUUUGCAGAUCACUCGAAACCCGGAAAAUGUUCUUUUACCAGUAAGUGCUUAAAUUCGUUCUCGGUGAUAACAAAUAUGAGAAACUUAACGGAAGAUCCAAAAACUAAAGACUUUGCUGUAACCAAUGGGCUUAAAACUUUGGGAAUAAUCUCCGUGAUAAUCGGUCAUAGAGUAGCUCUAAACUUAGGAAUUCCAUCCUCUGAUCCAGAAUACUCGGAACGCAUUUUUACCGAUUUUUGGUGGUCGUUCCUCAAGUCUCCGGUUGCAGUUGAAAUAUUUUUUAUAAUAAGUGGAUUUUUUACAUACGUCGUGGUUGAAGAGCGUUUAAGGAAUGGAAAACCAUUAAAGUUUAUUUUCUUAAUGAUUUACCGAAUAAUCAGAAUUUUCCCAAUGUAUAUUACUGUUAUUGUAAUAUUUGCAUUUAUUUUGCCUUAUAUGGGUGAUGGCCCACUGUGGAAACUUAUUGUUUACCCCGAAGCCGAGUUUUGCCGGAAAAACUGGUGGACCAAUCUAUUGUUUAUAAACAACUAUGUACAUUCAAACGAAAUGUGUAUGGUGCACGCGUGGUACUUGGCAUGUGACAUGCAUUUUUUUAUAGUUGGUGUUUUCUUGACCUAUAUUGUAUGGAGAUGGAAUAAAGCCGGUAUUGUUAUUUACGGCAUUCUCUUUGCUAUAUCUAUUUAUAUACCUGCAAAAUCAAUUUAUGAUAAUAAACAAUGGGGAGUAAUGCCAUACUUCCAUGGUAAUAUUAAAAAUCUCAGGACAACUGAACAUUUCCAAAAAGUUUACAUAAAGAGUCAUUACAGGAUUACUACAUACCUCGUUGGUCUGGCAGCCGCUUUUAUAUACUUGCGUAUUAAACAAUCUAAAUUCAAAUUUUCAUCAGAAAGUAGAAUAAUAGGAUUCAUUACAUGCUUAUUGUUGCAUAUUGCCUGUUACAUUGUUACCGGCUACUUAUAUUUGCCAGGCCUUACGUACAAUCCAUGGAAUCACAUAAUAUACUUCACGUUCCAGAGAAUUGUAUAUUCGUUGACUAUAUCGUACUUGCUUGUCGUCAGCUCUCUAUCUAAUUUUGGUUUUAUCAGCAGUUUUAUUGAGUGCAAACUUUUCACUGUCAUAUCAAGGUUAUCGUACGUUCUGUAUCUGACACAUUUUAUUGUUCAGUUGCAAAGUAUUGGUCAAAUCCGUCAACCACAAUAUGGAAACUUUUGGACAUUGUAUUGGGAAAUCAACGCCGAUUUAAUAACAGCUCUGUCGUACUCUGUAUUUUUUAAUCUAAUUGUGGAAGCACCGUGCAGGAAAAUAUUUAAGGAACUUAUGAAUGUAUUUCUUAAAGCCGAGAAAGAAUCGGACUCGACUGAAUCAUAAUGUGGACGAUGGGAGUAACGUCCAAAAAACACUAAAUGCAGCUCCUUCGUAUUUAAGAGAAGCUCAAAAAUAUUAAGCUAAAUGCCUCUUCAAUAUUAUACUGUAAAACCAUAGUGAAUAUUUAAAAUGUGUAAUAUAUAAUGUAUCUAUUUUACUUAAAUAUAUGAUAUAUGAUGAUAGAAUAAUAAA